AUGGCCACCACGGCAGCCGCAGCAGCUGCUGCCAUGGACAUGUCGCCCGCCUCCCUCGUCAGCACAUCCACACAUGCAUCCCCAAGGGCGCAUCCACCACCACCACCGCCGCCGCGGCGCCCCCCAAGCCCAAGUCCAGACGGCCGUAAGCGUCAAGACGAGAGGCAACGCGUCCUCCGUCAGGCAGAUCGUGCAAGGCGCCACAGGUCCCUAUCGUCGGGCCGAUCCAGGACGCCCUCGCCCAUCCUCGGCGCUCCAUUCGGCCACUUCGACCUCGCCAACGACGACGCCGACGACGACGCCAACUCGCCCUCUGUGCAGCGCCUCAAGGUCGAAGGCGGCGAUGCAGCGGCGGUCAACGACCCGGAUGACCCACGCGGGCGCCUCUCGAUGCCCAUGCUCGGCCUUGGCCUAGGACCCUCGGCGGAGGAAGUCGAGCUUCUCGUCUACGGCACCAGUCCCGCCGAUUCGGCAGAUGCCGACGGCGCCCUGCAUGACGGCCCGGACGGGCAAGAAACCAGCCACGACGUCAAACGUGUCCUGGAAAGCCUGUCCAAGAUGGGCCUCGACGACGCCAGCAAGGCUAGCGACGCCACCGAGCGCGAGCGCGAGCUGGCCGACAUGGUCAGGCUGCUCGCCCAGAAGUGCACCGACCUCUCGCUGCAGCGCGACCGCGCCAGGGCGCAGCUGCACACCAACCGGCUCACCGCCCUCUCGGUCAUCUCGUCGACCAAGACGGCCCACGCCCACGCCCUCGCCGCGGAGCGGGGCGCGCGCGACCGCCUCGACGCCGAGCUCGAGGGAUGGAAAGCCCAGGCAAAGAUGCUCAGCGCCCUGUUGAGCAGAGCAGAGUCCCGCAGCCACAUCGAGCGUCCCAGCAUCGACACGCUCGACGUCGGCAGGCUUGCGAGCGCGGCCUCGAGCAGCCGGCUCCCGCCAUCGCGCUCCGACGAGCUGCUCGGCGCGGCCGCCAUGGCUCGUCGCACCUCGUCCGAGGCCGCUGCCACCGGCUCGAGGCCCUCUUCAGCACAGCAGCUCCAGGGCGCGUUUGAGCCCAGGAGCCCGUCCAAGGCCAGUCCGCGCAGCCGCCUUGCCGAGCCCGCCACGCCCGCGGGCGAAGAGGGUCGCGGCCGCGACCGGUCCAGGGACCGGCUCGCACUCGCCGCUCAGGCCGAAGCCCAAUCCGAGGGCAUCACGGGGCUCGGCAUCCUCAACGCCGGCGGGAUCGAUGCCGUGCUCGACGAGACGCCGGCCUCGACGGCGGUCCUCCGGGAGCGCAACAAGCUCGCCGCGGACAAGCGCUACCUCAAGACGAGGCUGCGCGAUACCGAAGCACAGGUACACCGCCUCGAGGCCGAGCUCAGGUCGCUCCGCCCUUACCUCGUGGGCGGCGGGAUCAAGCUGGCCGAGGCCGAGCGUGAGCGUGCUGGCGUCAACGGAGCCGCCGAGGCCUCGUCGCAGGCCACGACGGCCUCAGCGGGUGCGGUGGGCGAUGGCACGAGCACCGCUCCGGCCACGCCCAGCCGAUCCGGUGGUCGGAAGGAAAGGAGCCGAAAGAAGAGGAAUGCCGUCAUGGGCGAUGCCGAGACCGAACACCUGAUGUUGGCGGCGAGGCGUCUGCGAGAGAUGCGGAAGGCCGCCGAGGCGACACCGGCCGCAGAACACGCCGAGCCGGCAUCAGUGCAGGCCGCCGUCGAGGUCGCGGGGAUCAAUGGCACUUCCAUAUCGGUCUUGGCACCAGCCGCCGAGCUCAAGAGUUCCAUGGCGCAUGCCUCGCCAGUCAAACGACAGGCGUCCGAAGGCUUUGACGGCGAGCUGCCGUACGAGGGUUCGCCGCGCACCCCCAUGACGAAGCUGGGCGAGCGGCCCCCAAAGACGCCCCGGUCCAACCACAGCGUCCCUACGACGCCGAGGAUGGCCGAUGGCGGCGUCCGAAAUGGCGACCCGGCUGAGCUUGCGCGCCCGGCCACCGAUGUCAGGGAGUCCGCGCGCGCCUCGCAGCACAAGCGAUUCGAGAGCAGCGCCUCGGUGUCAUCCUUCACCGGCAUCGACGAGCUGCUGCAGGCUGCAGAGACGCUCAACCCGGGCGCGAGCACCGCGUCGCCUCGGAUGCGGACGCUGCCGGAGCACGAGCGGGCCGUCUUUUCCGGCGGCGAUGGCCGCACGCGAUACUCGCGCGAGCCCGUUCCCGUGCCGAACGCGCCGCACCCGCUCCAUUCCGUCCACGCCCGUGCCAUGGAGCCAGACCCCUACGGCUACUCGCACCAUCAUCACCACGCCGCCUCGAGCCCUAUCCGUCUGCCUCACGAGAGCCCAAAGCGACGCCGCGUCUCGUCGGCCGCGAUCGACACCGGUCCGUUUGGCUCGCCGUUCAUCUCGGACCGUCAGCCCCGCGGCCGGACCAGCACAGAAGGGGCGGAUCCGUACGGCCAGGUGCCUCAGCACCUGUAUACGGACUACGCGCCUAGCGGUCCCUCGAGCGCCGGUGCCAGCCAGGCUCUCAGCGCGCUCGACCUGCUAGCGGACCAGGCUGCUGCCAGUCUCAACCCGAGCAUGGGCAGCGAUAGGUCCGGGGGCUACGACGGCGUCAGCCCGCUCGGCAGCCUGAGCAGCGACGAGGACGGUAUGGACGGUGAAGCGGCGGCGGCGACGGCGGCGGCGACGGCGGCGACGUCGCGCGCCAAGCGCAGCAAGAGCGGCGACGCGUCAAAGGCCGGCUCGCAGAGGUCGGGCAAGAGCCCGUCGCGGGGCAAGGCCAAGGGCGGCAGCAACAACAACGGCACCGCCAGCGCCAGCGCCAGCGCCAACGACGCCGGCCAGAGCAGCUCCAGGUCGAACGGCGAGACGCGUUCGUUUGGCGGCAACCAGAACCCGGAGAAGCGGCUACCUUACGUGCGGUGGACCAACGAAGAGGACACCAAGCUGCGCGCGGCCAUCAAGGAGCACGGGCAGCGGUGGGAGCUCAUCUCUCGCGCGGUGGGCACGCGCUCCUACCACCAGUGCCGGCAGCGAUACCUGCUCAUGAGGCGCAAAGAGGCGGCCGCCAAGGCGCAGGCCGAGGCCGACGAGGCUGCCAACACGGCGUCGGCAUCGGCGUCGGACCAGCAGUCGCAAGAGGAGGGCGACUACGGACGCGGUCCGCCCGCCUCGGCGUCUGUGUCGCGCAGGAAGAGCAGCGUCGGUGGCGGUGGCGCCGGCAGCAGCAACGGCCGACGCGUCCGAGGUAGUGGCGGUGGCAGCGGCGGUGCUGGGGGGCGGAGCACCAACGAUGAGCGCUACGACGACCACGACGGCGGCAUCAGCGACGACGGCCCGGAUGCGGGCGACGUGACGGCGACGCCUCUGCACAAGCUCUCGAUUGGCGCGGCGCCGUCGGGCGGCGGCAGCACGACGCACGCGUACGGGCCUUACUCGCCUACGCCGCGCCACGGAGCGCUCGGACCGGCGGCGGGAUCGGCGCAUAGCCGAUCGCUCUCGCACCCGCACCCGCACCCUCACUCGCAUGGGCCCUCCAACAUCCUCCCACCCGUGCAGCCCGGCACUAUCGGCCUGGGAGGCGGCGGAGGUGGAGUCGGUCCAUUGCCGCCACCGCCGCUGAGUCCCUACUCGUCGUCGCACCACGGCAGCACGACGCCGACGGCACGAAGGAUGUACUACCACCACCCGGCCUCGUCGCCGCUGAUUGCGGGGUCGCGUCAACUCGCCCCGCUCUCGUCGUCGUCGUCGUCGUCAGGGGGCGGCGGUCUGGCCAAUGCGGCGGGUACGACCGGUCGGCUAGCUGCCUCCGAUCCGACGCAGACUACGCCGACCAACUCGGCAAGUUCGGCCAGGAGGAUGGGCGCGGCUCUCUACAGCCAGUAG